GUGGGUCUUGACCGGGUUGACCCCUUUCCCUUUCCCUUGCUUGUCAUCCAUCAGUGAUUCCUCCCUCCUUCGCCGCUAAGCAAGAGCACGCAAGCGAUUGCUUUCUUUGGCCAAUCACAAUCAGAUUGCUUGCAUUCAGAUUCAGCCCAGAAUUUCGAUGCCGGCGGGGUUGCUGUCCAAUCGCGUGGAUCGGGAGGACCUCGCCGCCGGGGAUCACAUCUACUCAUGGCGGGCCGCCUACCUCUACGCCCACCACGGGAUCUAUGUUGGGGACGAGAUGGUCAUCCAUUUCACCAGAGCUGCCGGCCACGAGAUUGGCACGGGCACCUUCUUGGAUUCCUUCCUCUUCAGCUCCUCCACCUCGUCGGCGGUGGCAGGGGAUCCUCCCUGCCAGCGCCAGCGAUGUGGCCACCUGGUCAGGCCUGACGACGGAGUCGUCAUGUCCUGUCUCGACUGCUUCUUGCACGGCGGCGGCCUCUACCUGUUCCACUACGCCGUCUCGCCGGCCUUGUUCCUCGCCAAGGCGCGCGGAGGGACCUGCACCCUGGCCGCCUCCGACCCCGGCCACGUCGUCGUCCACCGCGCCCGCUACCUCCUCGACAAGGGCUUCGGCGCCUACUCCCUCUUCAAGAACAACUGCGAGGACUUCGCCAUCUACUGCAAGACGGGGCUGCUCGUCGAAACCGCCUUCAGCGUUGGCCGCAGCGGCCAGCUCGCAUCCCUCACCGCCGCCUUCAGCGCCGUCGCCUCGUCGCCGCUGCGCUUCCUCACCACCAGCGCCCCCGGCCUCGCCAUUGUCACCACCGGCAUGUACUGCGCCGGCCGGUAUGUCUCGGACAUGGGCGUUCGCCGGGAUGUGGUCAAGGUCCCUGUCCAGACACUCGUUGCGCAGGCCACUCCUGCUGCUACGGAGGAGGCAGCCUGCUCGCUGACAAACCAUCCACUGUAAUGUCAAAUUAUUCAGCAGGCUUCUUAUUAUGUCUGUCUGUCUCUCGAUCAAUUACACAGCCUUGUUAUUCAGUAUGAUGUGCUACAUUAUUAUAUGAAUUGAUGUUGGAUUCACAACAACAUAUGAGUUGCCAUCAAGGCUGGUUUACCAAUUUCA